GUGCAUAUUUGCGACAUGAAACGCAAGAAAUUUGAAGAAAGCAUGGACUUUGUCACGUUUCAUGUGUGUCUGUCAACUUUGGUGUGUUCGGAAAAGGAGGGUGGAUACAGUCGCCAGGCGACUGCCCUUUCUUGUAUACGACAUUUCUUCCACCGUUGUCGUGUAUCCUAG